AUGGUUUCCAAUGAAACCCACCAGUACAGAGGGAUUAUCCAGUUGCUUCUGCAUUUCAGGUGGACAUGGGUUGGGCUGUUUGUUGUGGACGACGAAAGCGGAGAGCGUUUCUUGCAGGUACUGGAGCCGCUGUUUUCCCAGAAUGGGAUCUGCUCAGCCUUCACUCAGAGAAUCUCAACUCAACCCAUUUGGCAUCCCAAAUUUGAAAUCAGUAAUUGGGUUUUCGAGAUUUACCUUCAUUUGACAGAAAGCAAAGCCCGCACAUAUCUCAUCUAUGGUGAAACCAUGACCCUAAUGUUCCUGAGCAUUCUUUUGACCCAAGGAGAUUCAGAAUAUAAGGAUGUGGCUUCUCUUGGAAAGGUGUGGAUCAUAACAGCCCAGAUUGAUUUUGCCUUCAUCAGCCUUCAACGGGGCCUCGAUUUUCAACUGUUCCAUGGAACCAUUGCCUUCAAAAUUCAUUCCAAUGAGCCUGCAGGGUUCCAGCAAUUUCUUCACAACAUAAAACCAUUUUGGACAGAAGGGAAUGGUUUUCUCAAAGAUUUUUGGGAGCAAGCAUUCGACUGUCCCUUUCCAAAUUCUCAGGAGUCAGGGGAGAUCAGUGAGAUGUGCACCAGGGAAGAGAAGUUGGAGAGCCUUCCAGGACCUGUUUUUGAAAUGAGCAUGACCGGCCACAGUUACAGCAUCUAUAAUGCUGUUUACUCUGUGGCACAUGCUUUUCAUGUCAUGUACUCAUCUCUAUCUAACCAUGGAGCAACGGGGAAGGGUGAAAAGACUGAGCUACAAGAUCGGCAGCCAUGGCAGUUCCAUCGCUUUCUUCAAGCCAUUUUGUUUAACAACUCAGUAGGCGAGAUGGUGUCUUUUAAUGAUAACAUGGAAAUGGGAAUGGGAUUUGAUAUCAUCAAUGUGAUCACAUUUCCAAAUAAAUCCUUCUUGAAUGUGAAAGUGGGAAGGGUGGAUCCCGGCGCUGCUGAUGGAAAACAAUUCACCAUCGAAGAACAUUUAAUUGUAUGGCACAGAAGUUUUAACCAGGUCUUGCCUGUUUCACUCUGUGGCGAUCGCUGCCACCCUGGUUAUCGGAAGGAAAAGAAGGAAAGGGAGAAAUUUUGCUGCUAUGAUUGUAUUCCCUGUCCAGAAGGGAAGAUUUCAAACCAGAGAGAUAUGGAAGAAUGUAUCAGAUGUCCAGACGAUCAGUAUCCAAGGAAGAAUCAAGACGGAUGUGUCCCUAAAAGGAUAAGUUUCUUGUCUUACCAAGAACCUUUAGGGAUCAGUUUAACCUGCAUUGCAGUUUCUUUUUCACUCACCUCUGCUUUGGUGCUAGGAACUUUUAUUAAGUGUAAAGAUACCCCUAUAGUCAAAGCCAACAACCGGGAUAUCACCUACAUUCUUCUGGUCUCUCUCCUGCUCUGCUUCCUCUGUUCCUUCCUCUUCCUUGGGCGACCUACAAAGAUUACCUGCUUAUUCCGGCAGUCAGGUUUCAGUGUCAUCUUCUCAGUGGCCAUUUCUUGUGUGUUGGCCAAGACCAUCACUGUGGUUGUAGCUUUUAUGGCCACCAAACCGGGGUCCAGCAUGAGAAAAUGGGUGGGGAAAAGGCUGAGCAACUCCGUGGUCCUUUCAGGUUUUCUUAUUCAAGCAAGCAUUUGCACAUUUUGGCUAGGAACAUCUCCUCCUUUCCCAGAUUUGGACAUGUAUUCCAUGGAUGAAGAAAUUGUAGCAGAAUGUAAUGAAGGGUUUGACAUCAUGUUCUAUAUUGUCCUUGGCUACAUGGGACUUCUAUCCGUUAUUAGCUUGUCAGUGGCUUUCCUCGCAAGGAAGCUGCCGGACAGUUUUAAUGAAGCCAAAUUCAUCACCUUCAGUAUGCUGCUGUUUUGCAGUGUUUGGGUAUCUUUUGUUCCAACCUACCUGAGCACCAAAGGGAAAUACAUGGUAGCCGUGGAGAUCUUCUCUAUGUUAGCCUCCAGUGCUGGGUUACUGGCUUGUAUCUUUGUUCCUAAGUGCUACAUUAUUCUUCUAAGGCCUGAGCUGAACAAGAGGGGGCAGCUAAUAAGAAGAAAGGAUUAA